CAUGUCGAUGCUGACAGGGGCGACUUGGUAGAGAUGUCAUAGACAGGGGCGACUGACUCGUGAUGACGGAUUUUCUGAGGAGAGCGAGCUGUGGACAUGCGACGGGCUUUUUGCUGUUUUCAAGGGUUUUUUUGGUGCGAUGGGCGUGAAAGUCUGAGACUUCCGUUGUGCAAUCCUGCCAUGGCUCAAGCAGCUCGAGCUCAGCCUAAGCCAACCAUGCGCCAUGCUUUGCAGAUCUCGCAAGGAGACGCCGCUGGCACGCCAUGCAGCCCGCCUGCAGGCAGAGCCCGAGGCAGAAUUGAUGCCCACGAUGCUUUUCCCCAUGUACACGGUGCCCUUGGAAGAUGCAUUGCAAAUGAGCUGCGUCCGGCCACAUGAAGAGCUGAAAUCUCAGGGCGUCCUGGUGGAAUUUGAGAAGAAGAUGGGAAAGGCGCUGUUUGUUUCACACCAAUGGGCCGGAAGGGAACAUCCCGAUCCCACAUUUCAGCAGUUCGCCGUGUUUCAGAAGGCCAUGACACGCAUUUUGUCGGAUCUUUCUGAGAUACCCCUCGAUUUCAUCACAGAAGCGACAGUGCCCACAGCAAGGCCUUUGCCUACCCAAGAGUUCCGAUCAGUACCACUGUUCGUUUGGUACGACUACUUCUCGUGCCCGCAGAAAGACCAAUCUGAGAACAGUCAGGUCAACGACCAGAUCAAAUCGGCCAUCGAGAGCAUUCAUGCUUACGUGGCUGAGUGUUCUUUCUUUGUGGCACUGUGUCCGUUCAUCCGGGACCCUUUCACUAGCAAGGUGCUCAAUGCAUCAAGCUGGGGAAAUCGGGGCUGGUGUCGUUUGGAGAGAGCGAUGCGCGAGCUUUCUGAGGGCCCUUGGAUACUGGUGCAAAGUGCAGCGCACAUAGAGGUGGUGGUUGCAACUGAAGCUUUGAACCGCCCCACAGGGGACGGUGAUUUUGGAGAGCCAGAUGACAAGGCCAAGCUCAGCCCAGUGCUAGCAGCUGCCCUCAAGCGCAAGAUGUUGAAUGCAUUGAGACGGGGUGACUUUGUCACAUAUCGCAUUGUGCGCAACCUCCAAAGUGUGCAUUUGAGAGGUCUUGACAUUGAGCCAGAGCUCAACCUCAUUCCAGGCUUUGUGGCCAACAGAGUUGGCAACACAGACGACUCGGCGGUGGUUGUGGCUGAAUUCUUCCAUCAGAAUGGCUUCUCAAGAAUCAAUGAAAUAGACCGUGCUGGAUUUAGGCCUUUGCACUAUGCUGCUUUGAGCGGAGACACGAAGUUGAUCAACGCUCUUUUGGAACAGCGUGCAGACUUGACCAAGACCACCCGGAAGGGGCAACCCUUGAUCGGGGCGCCACCCUGGAUGUCAUCGCUUGGCUUAUCCGUUCUUUGUGGGCACAACAAAGUUGCACAGUUGCUGAUAGCAGCCAAGGCGAGAGUGCAAGAAUGGGGUAUUUGUCCCGCCUUGACAGCGGCUGCUCUGAGCAACAAUGAUGAAGGCGUUCGCCUGCUUUGCGACUUUAGCUGUGAUCCCGCAAGUGCCAACGUGCUUGGGAUGCCAGUGCUUCAGUCUGCAAUUCAAAUGAACUCGCUGGCUGCUAUGGAAGAACUUUGGAGUCGAAGCGCUGCCAACAAGCUUUCCAAGUGCCUCCACACAGCCGCCACAACCAACCAAGGAGGGGCCCAAGUGACUCGGAGACUCCUUGAGAUGAAGGCAGAUGUGGAUGAGCAGUACCAGGUUCCGCAGUUGACAGUUGAAUCGAGCGUAGUUCUUGCACAGUCUAUGCAGCACAGAUUUCACAGAAGGACCUCUGCAACAAGAAUGUUCUACCAUUUGCAUGGUGCAACGCCCUUGAUGCUGGCCAUCCUUCAAGCGAACUACGAAACUGCCUGGAUCCUGGUCACUGAGGGGGCCAGGCUGGAUCUGCGCAAUGCGCAGGGAUUUUCGGCCGCCGACCUAGCACGGGAGGUGGGAGUGCCGGAGAGUUUGCAGGAAGUUUUUAACGGCGAGGUGACGUACUGCCGAGUGUGACUGUGACGUUCUGUAGGAAAAUUCCCACAGAAAUCCGCUAAGAUUUUGGCUUGUAGGGUGGAAUAUCAUAGAUUCCAUUCGUCUCAGCUUUUUCUCAAGAGAUUUCUGUCAGGUCCACCCUGCUGGGUGGAAACAUGCCGCACAGUCAGAUAAUUUUUUUACCUGGUCGGUUUUGUUCCGAUUCGAUUCCAAAAGGUGCCUGCUCUUCCGAACGGGAACCUAAAAAAUCUAUACGACCCAAAAGAGACUUGGCUCGGAAGCAACAAGGACGUGCUCACUGCAGACGGACGGCGGGAACUUGAUCGGAAUCGGGCUUGGGUUUUUCAAGAAGAGAUGUGAUCUGUGGCUGGAUGAAUUUGGAUGUUCCUUUUCGUAACUCAGUCUCAGAAGCGCAAUCUCAAGAGCCCACAGUUGCUUUCUUUCCAAAAGGAAAGAUGUCUUCUUCGGUGAGUCCCUUUUCGGCACAUUGCAAAAGUUCCUUGCUUUCGGCUCCGAAAAGAGCCGAGCUGCCGCUGCCGCGAGCCGAGGGUGUCCGCUGAAACCGACCUGUUGUGCCGCCCAAAAGAGGCGCCGUGGUGAACGUCGGCUUCAGCCGCACCACCGACUUUGGACCAUUCACG